ACUGGAAACAAGGGAGAGGAGGGAAUAGGCCAGAGAGGGAAAGGGAGAGGCUUCCUGGCCAGGAGGAGAUGGAGGAGGCGGUGGCUGGAGGAGAAGGGGAAGGGGACGGGGUGGAGGAGCCCCAGCCUCUCCCAGCCCCCGAUGACCCUGCUGGAGACCAUGCAGAGCCAGGGGAGACCAAGCAGAGGACUGUCAGCUUGGAGGAAAUCAUUGCAGCCAAACCAGGGAAAACACCAAUUCAGCUGUUACAUGAAUAUGGCACAAAGGCUAACCUCAAUCCGGUAUAUGAAUGUGAAAAGGCUGAGGGACAAGUCCAUAUGCCGGUCUUCACCUAUAAAGUCACCAUAGGUGACGUAACUGGAACAGGAGAGGGUCCCAGCAAGAAAAUUGCAAAGCAUAGAGCCGCUGAAGCUGUACUGAACAUUUUGAAAGGCAACUCAAAUAUUUGUAUUCUAUGCCAGACACUUAGUCCCUGAACCUGUCGUCAACCACGGAAUCAGAUCAAUCCUAUAGGACUACUCCAGGAGCUGGCUAUUCAGAAAGGUUGGAGACUUCCAGAAUAUUCACUGGCACACGAGACAGGCCCAGCUCACAAGAGAGAGUUUACAAUGACUUGCAGAAUGGAAGCCUUUGUGGAAACAGGGAUGGGGACAUCCAAAAAAUUAGCUAAACGAAAUGCUGCUGAGAAAUUACUUGACAAAUUCCAGAGUUUUUCUGGGGAUAAUAUCACUGUUUCCUUAGCGAAUGAACAAAGUCAUCAUUUGGGAUGCACAUGGGAUACCUUAAGGACCUCCUCUGGAGAAAAAAUUAGUUUGCUGAAAAUAAGCCCCCUCAGUAUUCCGAACACAGAUUAUGUCCACCUCCUUGAAGAAAUUGCGGACGAACAAGGUUUUAAUACAACGUAUUUGAAUAUAGUGGAACUGAGUGUGAAUGGACAAUUCCAAUGUCUUGCAGAACUUUCAACCAAUCCAAUCACUGUUUGCCACGGGACUGGAAUCUCCUGGGGCAAUGCCCACAACGAUGCUGCUCAUAAUGCACUACAGUAUUUAAAAAUCAUGGCUGGAAGGAAAUAAACUUCAAGCAAAAGGAAAUAUUUUAGAGACAGACAUAAUUUAAAGGGAUAUAUCUAUCCAAGCUGAACAGUUUCCAAAUUACUGGGACUGUUUUUUUAAAGUCACAUCACAAAAUCCAUGUAAUUAUGCAUUAGAAUGAAACAAUAAUUUAAAUCUGUUAUUGCAGGGUUUUCAUUUUGGAUAGCUAGACUCAGGAAGCGCAGAUACUUGCAAAGCUGCAGGCAUGGAGAAAGACUUUGGCUGGCAUUCCUCCUUGGUGAAUUACAGUGACACAAGUCAGACUUCCACCAUUGCGGCUUACUUUUUGCUCACUGCAGAAUUUUCCACCAAUUGUGCUAUGACCCAUCCACCAGUCAAGGGUUCAGCCCAGAACUGAGUGCAAAACAGUGGCAUCAUCUAUAUCCAACAAUUGGCUUUUGCUGUACCUCCAAGCUGUAGGAAAAUAGCAGGGCACUCAUCUUCUGCUUCUCAUCCUAUCUGCCAACUAAAAAUAAGUGGAUUUGGUGGGCGGGGUUGCAGAUGAGAAGAGGUGGGCUUUAGUGGGGAAGGAUUUGUUCAGGCAAGCAUCCCAGUUGUGUCUUGUAGCUACAGUACAUCCCCCAAUGCAGGAUUGCAGCCAUAGUAUUGCGUUUCCCAGGGUUGUUGGAUUAGCCUUCUCAGGGCCAAGGUAGGCAUUUCUUCAAACUAGAGAUGCAAAGAAGAUAGAUUUUCUCAUAGUUUUCCAGAACAAGAUCAGCAAAGGGUUUGAUGAUUGUUUAACAGUUGUGGUGACUAAAAAUCUCCUUUUCUUUCCUGAACUGAGUUGCUGAAAUGAGGAUAGGGAGAAAUCAGGAGAUUUUUGUGUGAAAAUAUUUGUGUACAGUUUCUGUUAUUAUUAUUAUUAACCUUUAUUUAUAAAGCGCUGUAAAUUUACACAGCGCUGUACAUACAAUCUUUUUAAUUGGACGGUUCCCUGCCCUCUGGUACUGAAAGCGAAUUUCCAGUGAUGUAGACUCAAGUCAAUUGACUCAGACUCAAGUCGGACUCAAGUCACUUCAGUGACUUAAUUUGGAUUCGACUCAGCAAUAAAUGAUGCAGUGAUUCCACUCACGACGUGUAUACUUUUAGUGACUGAUUUGCUGGUCUAACUUCAUCCACAAAUGUUACAAAAUAUAAAAUGGCUUUCUUUUGAACAAUGCUUCCAUCUUUUCCCCUACUGGUCAUAAAAUGGAAGCUGUACUUUACAUUUGCCAUGCAGGAAAACCUCGCUUCCUGUAGACCCCUGCCUCAAACCCAUUGCCUAAAGCAUUUGCUGUUUCCCUGAAAAAUGUGCCUCAUUAUGGGGGUGUCUUGCCUAAUGUUCCUACAAAAAGCUUGGAUGUGCAGUGAGAACAGGCUACAUUUUUCUAAAGUGAGCUCUUGAUAAAUUUAUUUUUACCUGACUUUUUGCACAUCUUGAUUUUCUAAUUUUUCUGAAACUCCAUACAAAACACACAUACCCCAUCACCACCUCCUUUUCCUUCUAUUAAAGUUGCUCACAGGUUUGAGACUUGACUUGAAAGUAUCUUGUAAGGACUUGAGAGAGACUUGAACAAAGAAACCUGAGACUUGAUUUGAGACUUGGAGUAAAAGACUUGAUUACAUGACUGCAAAUUUCUGGUGUGAUUGUGUGCUUGCUCAGCAAUGCUGUGUUUAUCUUCUUCGCUAACUCUAGCUGGUGGGCCUCAGGGGUCUAGUGAAAUACAAAACUGAUCCCACAACUCUUUAAGAUCUGCUGGCCCUACUCAGGAUGACUGGUAGUUUUUGUACCAGUGAGGUGAUGAAUCCAUGCUCAGUUUUAGACUACUUUGUGGGAGCUAUCCUGGGUUCUGGGCCCUAUUUCCAAAAUAUGUUCAUCACCUUGGGUAACUCCUUUGAAGCUAUGACUAAAACAUAGAGCAGAUUCACUGUCCCACUAUCCCUGCUCUAAACAAGAAGUUCCCCUUGUUCCAAAGCAAAUGUGUGCUUACCUCUCUUCCAUAGCAUCACAAUGAGAAAUAACAAUGUUACUAGAUGCUAUGGAGAAAGAGGUAGCUAGAAGCUCCAAGUUAUACAGACAGUCAAACAACUUAAUGAAUGUGGCUAGAAUAAUGUCUGCUGUGGUACUCAGCCUAGCUCCCAAUGGCCAGGAGCCAGACUUCUGAUCUCUACCUGCUCUGAUCCUUACUUGCUGACUUUGCUGCAACACAGGUAGGACUAUUGCCCUGCAGGUACUGGUGGACUGCAACUCCCAGCAUUCCUCAAUAUUGCCUAUGCUAUUUGGGGCUGAAGGAUCAUUUCUAUCCCUGCCUUACAUUUUCUUUCUACAACUUGUAUUUAAUGACUGAAUUAAAGUCAAGGAGGAAAAGGAUAUGUUGGAAUUAGAUUAAACUGCACAGAGGAAAAAUGUGUGACAGAAACGGGUUAUCUUUGGGAUUUACACUGAUAAUAAAAAUUGAACUUGGGCAGCAUUUA